AUGACGAGGAAGGAGCGCACGGUCGGCGGCCACUACCAGCUCGGGCUCGAGAUCGGGAAGGGCGGGUUCGGCACCGUCUUCAGCGCGCUGGACCUGCGCAACGGGAAGAGCGUCGCGAUCAAGCAGGUAUCGCUCAUCGACAUGGCCAAGGAGGAGCUCGCAGCGAUCGAGUCCGAGAUCAAUCUGCUCCGCAAGCUGCACCACGAGAACAUCGUCAAGUACUACAACACGAUCAAGGAGGACGAUUACCUCUACAUCAUCCUCGAGUACAUGGAGAACGGCUCCCUUGCACAGUUCAUGAAGAAGUUUGGCACGCUAUCCGAGACGCUUGUCGCCAUGUACAUCACGCAGGUGCUCCGCGGCCUCGCGUACCUCCAUGCGCAGGGUGUGCUACACCGCGACGUCAAGGGCGCCAACAUCCUCACGACCAAGGACGGGCUCGUCAAGAUCGCUGACUUUGGCGUCGCGAUCAAGCUCAACGAAGCGCAAAAGUCCAAUUCGGUCGUCGGCUCGCCCUACUGGAUGGCCCCCGAAGUGAUCGAAAUGGCUGGCUGGUCAUCCGCGUCCGAUAUCUGGAGCGUGGGUUGUACCAUCAUUGAGCUCCUGACGCAGAAGCCGCCGUACUUUGAUUUGGCGCCGAUGGCUGCACUAUUUCGCAUCGUUCAGGACGACCAUCCGCCCCUGCCCAAGAACAUUUCACCUGCGCUCCACGACUUCAUCAUGAAGUGCUUUAUGAAGGAGCCGAGACUCCGUCUCUCGGCGGACGAACUUCUCUUGCACCCGUGGGUUUCCCAGAUCCCGCGCAACAAAGUUGAGCAGAGUACGCAAGAGGUCCAAGAGAACGUGACAUCAACCGAUGACCGUGCAGCGGUGCUCAACACGAUUCGUAUGUAUGACAGCUACACGCGUGACUCGUCACAGUCAGCGCUCGAGUCCAUGAAAGAAGAUGACGACGACGAGAACUGGGACAAUGACCUCGAAGAGCCCGCUGCACCACUGCGUCUUCCCACAGGCUCCAAGACUGUGCUGCCCAAGCCCAAGGAUAUUGUUGACGCACAACUCCGCGCCCUUCAUGGUGACAUGGAGUCGCGUCAGCGCAGUGGCUCCGCCCUGACGCCACAAGCCUUUCAGCUCGGUCCGGACGAUGCCGCCGAUCCGUUUUGGGAUGAUGACGAUGAGGCAACGGAAGACGAAAAGUCGCAGUCAUUGUACGGCUCGAUGGUGCUUCCGUCGCUCGACCCCGAUGCAUCCAAGCUCGACCGGUUCCGCGAAGGCAAGGAAGAUACGUUGGACGGUCUCGAAGCCACAAAAGAGAGCGAAACCCAAGCUUUUUGCGCCUCCGGCUCUCUUCUUCCCUGCCAGACGUGCGACAACACGAUGGAUGGCUUUAGUGACAAUCCGUUCGACGACCCGUUCUUUGAUACGUCUGCAAGGGACACGACGUACAAAGCGACGGCCCGCGUCGUGGAGCUACUCUCUCUCCUCGACCCUAGUAUGGAGGACCGCGUAAUCUUGGACGCGUGUCAGCAGCUCCACGACCUUUGCCGAGAAAACCCAAGCCUGCGCCAAGAGCUCGUGUCGCAACCUGGCGUGAUGCCGAACAUCAUGGAAGCGCUAGAAAUGAAAAAGCGCAGCAUCCUCGUCGCUGUUCUCAAAGUCGUCAACAUGCUCGUGCUCGACAACAAAAAGUUUCUGGAGAAUCUUGCGCUCGUUGGGCUCAUUCCUGUCGUCGUCAAGCUCGCCCAGCCAUCGUCAGACACGAAAGCGCUCGUGCGUAUUCAAGUCGCCGCCUUUGUUCAGCAAAGCUGUGCUACGAGCUCGCUGACGCUGCAGAUGUUCAUUGCUUGCGGCGGUCUACCCGUCCUCACAGACUUUUUGAGCGUUCACGAGCUUACGCUGCAGCGAAUUGCGAUCCAGGGCAUCGUCAGUGUCUUUACGCUCCAGACGAUCCCAAAGAACGACACAUGUCGUCUCUUCGUCAAGGUCGGCCUCCUUCGACGGCUCAUCCUCGUGUACAACCAAAUGAUUCUGACGAUCGUACAAGAGUGCAAGUCCUUGGCACGCGAAGCCACGUAUUCGUGGAACGAGCUGCACCAAGUCUGCGACAUUUUGCUUCUCUUUUCCCAAGGCGACGUUGUGGUAAAGGAGCACAUGUGCGAAAUGGCCGUUCUCGAAGGUCUCCUCUAUUCGCUGAACCCGGGCUACGAUGUUGCGAACGAGCCGCAGUACGCUACAGCGAUGGUCAAGGUGCUCAAGUGUAUUCGCAAUCUAAGCAUGGAACCCAACACGCUUGAGAAUCUCGACCGAGCGGGGACGAUUCCGACCCUCGUGCACGUGCUCCAUGACGAGUCAUCUCCUCAAAUCAAGGACAUUCAAAACGUCGUGCUUCACGCAAUGUUUUACCUCUGCCGCAUCAAUCGCAAUCGUCAGACGCACGCGGCGCAAGCAGGCUUAAUUCCGUUCUUGCAACGCGUGACGUUGACGCGCAGUCCCUUGAAGCAGUUUGUGCUGCCCAUCAUUUGUGACAUGGCUCACGCGUCGGCAACUGCCCGCGAGCACCUCUGGGCCUCCGACGGUGUCACCUUCUUUCUCACGCUUCUCAGCGACAAGUUUUGGCAAAUUGACGCCAUGAAGGCGAUUGCCACGUGGCUGGUCCACGACACGGUCAAUGUCGAGAGCAUGCUCCUGGCGCCAGCCCACAUUCAACUGCUAGUUUCUUGCUUUCGCAGCGCGGAACAGCAGUUUGAAAACCUUCUGGAGUCGCUUCUCGAGAUCCUCUCUCGCUCCGUGCGUCUCAAUCAAGCGCUGGGUCGAUCAAGCCUCUUUGUGAUGGAGAUUUUAUACCGGCUAAGCUACCCCAAACCGUUUGUGCGCAAGAACCUGCUCAAGAUGCUCAAGUGCAUCUUCGAGUCGCACACCGCGCCGGUCCAGUUCCUCCUUGAGUACAACCUCCACCCGACCAUUCAUGCGCUCGCGCAAGAAAACAACCAGAUUUUGAUCCAAGAGAUUGCGUCGCAGCUGCUCCAGACGAUCCUCGUCACUGCCGCCGUGUAUUAA